AUUUGCAGUAUCAUGGGACCCUCUGGAAGUGGCAAGACGACAUUCGUCAAUGAAGCCAGCGGAUCUGACUUCACAAUCGGAAAGGGUCUCGAGAGUUGCACCAGUGAGGUGCAAGCAACGAAACCCUUCAAACUCAACGGCCGGGAAGUGACAUUGAUCGACACUCCCGGCUUCGACGAUACCAGCCGCAGUGAUACAGACAUCUUAGCGAUGAUAGGAGCCUACCUCUCACAGACAUAUGAGCACGGUGCCAAACUUGCUGGCAUCAUCUACAUGCACCGCAUAUCAGAUUUCCGGAUGGGAGGAACAAACAAACGGAAUUUCAAGCUGUUCCGAGAGCUCUGUGGGGAGUCCACUCUGCGAAACGUGUUGAUCGUGACGAACAUGUGGAGUCAGGUCGCUCCUGACCUUGGGGAGUUGAGGGAGAAGGAGCUAGAGAAUAAUUUUUUCAAAGGAAUUCUCGACAAGGGUGCGCGGAUCUUGAGGCAUGAAGGCACGCAAGAAUCGACGCACCGCAUCCUACGAUACCUGAUUCAUAACCAACCCACCACGCUCCUCAUUCAAAAGGAGCUCGUGAACGAGCACAAGGAUAUCAUACAGACCUCCGCAGGAUCUGAGCUGACGCGAGUUCUGAAUGAGCAACGAGAGCGCCAUGAAGAGGUGGUGGCUCAGUUGCGCAAGGACAUGGAGGUAGCGAUCCGAAAUAAGGACCACGAAACGAGGGAAGAACUUAAGGAGGAGAUCCAUGCCAAGCACGAGCAGAUCCUGAAGUUACAAAGCGAAAACGAACGACUAGAGGUAGAGUUCAGGGCCGCCAAAGAGAGGCUCGAGGCCCGGAUCAGCGCAGUGGAAGAGAAGCAUCAUGAGCAAGGACAGACUGUAGACGCCUUGAAAGAACAGCUGGAGAUAGAGAGAAAAGAUAGGAAAAAAAUGGCCAUCGAGCAGGAACAGAGGGAACAGCGAUUGCGCCACCUGGAAGAG